GGAACGUUUCACUAUAGGCGGAAACAUGCAGAUUUCAGGUAAAAUCCCCAAAGAGAUUGGGAAUUUGGUUGGCUUAAAUGCACUGCAGAUCGCCACUACCAGUAUUACAGGGGAAAUUCCUUCUUCUAUAGGUAAACUAGAAAAGCUAUCUGAUGUUGGUCUAUUUGAGAAUAGAAUUUCAGGGUCAAUUCCAUCCUCGUUUGGAAAUAUCACCCAAUUGUUAAUAUUGCAAUUGCAUGACAACUAUUUGAGGGGUUUGAUUCCUUCUUGUAUGGGAAAUUGUUCGCAACUUGAAUCUCUUCGCCUUGACAGUAAUUUCUUGUUUGGUAACAUACCAAAAGAACUUUUCAGCUUAUCUCAUGUCUUUGAGCUCAACUUGUCGCGGAAUUCAUUUACAGGACAAUUGCCCAUAGAUUUAGCAGGAGGUAAGAUGACCAACCUUGUGCAAUUGAAUGUUUCACACAACCGAUUGUCAGGAGGAAUUCCAAGUGCCUUAGGAGAUUGCUUGAUGUUGGAGGGACUCUGGAUGAGUGAUAACUUGUUUGAAGGAGGCAUCCCAUCAUCAAUUAACAAUUUGAAAAGCCUUGUAGCCAUUGACCUCUCCAAUAACAAAUUGUUUGGUGAAAUUCCAGAAUACUUCCAAAAUUUUCCUUUGUUACAGUACCUAAACUUAUCGUUCAAUAAUUUUGAAGGAAAGUUGCCAAUUGGAAGGAUCUUUGGAAAUGUGAGCAUAAUUUUUGUUGUUGGAAACCCAAGACUCUGUGGUGGCAUUCAUCAACUAGGACUUCCUUCAUGCAAGAUUAGAGAUAAAAAGCUUCAUCUUUUGAUCAUUUUGAUUUCGGUAAUUGCUUCGUGCUCAAUAUUCUUGACGGUCUCGCUUCUUGUUACCUUUGCAUACAAAAGAUCGAAGAGGAAAGCUUCAACUUCUACCACGGCACAAGAUCCAAAACAAUUUCCAAUGAUUUCUUAUGCAGAGUUAAGCCAGGCAACCAAUGAGUUCUCAUCAUCCAACUUGAUAGGUGAGGGAAGGUUUGGCUCUGUGUAUAAAGGAAUUUUGAGUCGAGAUGGAAUCUUAGUGGCAGUGAAGGUGUUAAACCUUAAGAGGAGAGGAGCUACCAAGAGUUUUAUGGCUGAGUGUGAAACACUGAGAAAUGUUCGACAUCGGAAUUUGAUCAAGAUUAUAACUGUGUGCUCAAGUAUUGACUUUAAAGGAACCAGUUUCAAGGAUUUGGUCUAUGAGUUCAUGCAAAAUGGAAGCUUAGAGGAAUGGCUACAUCCAAAUGAAGAUCAAACUGGUGCACGGAGUUUAAGCCUCAUUCAAAGACUCAAUAUAGCCGUUGAGGUUGCUUCUGCAAUUGAAUACCUUCAUAACUAUUGCCAGCCAUCAAUUGUUCAUGGGGACCUUAAGCCAAGUAAUGUUCUACUUGAUGAGGAAAUGGUUUCUCAUGUGGGUGAUUUUGGCCUGGCAAGAUUCUUAUCAAUUUCUCAAAACCAAAGCAGUUCCAUGGGUGUGAAAGGAACAAUUGGCUAUGUAUCCCCAGAAUAUGGCAUGAGCCUUAAGAUAUCCAAGGCUGGUGAUGUAUAUAGUUUUGGAAUUCUCUUACUGGAGAUGAUUACAGGGAAAACACCAACUGAUUCAAUGUUCAAAGACAACUUGACCAUUCACCAAUUGGUCAAGACAAGACUUCCUGAAAGAGUAACCGAUAUUAUAGAUCCUUCAUUGCUUCAGGAGGUUCAAGAAGCAGAAAUUUCAAAGGCAAAGGAUAUGCAAAAGGGAGUUGGUGUUUUGGAGAGCCUCCUAGCGGUUGCCGAGGUUGGAGUUGUUUGCUCAAUGGAGUCACCAAGUGAAAGAAUGGAGAUGAAAGAAGUUGCUGCAAAAUUAUAUGCCAUUAGAGACAAGUUCCUCCUCUAGUUGAUUCCAUCCAUAUCAAAGUAGAGUUAAUAACUUAGGAAUGCUUUU